AUGGCUAACAGAAGCUGGUGGCGCCCAGAAUUACAGUCGCGACCAGACUCCCCUUCUCGCUCCUCAUUCCGCUCCUUUCGUUCCUUUCGCAACAAGUCGGGCCGUCCCCGGAGCAGCCUCUCCAACUAUACCGACGCCUUGCAGACCACUACUCGCCCACGAGCCCCUUCAACGCUAGCCGACUCCAUACACGCCCACCCCGAGCCCGCCUGGCAGUCGCCGCCCUCUAACCGUUCUCGCGCCUCGUUCAAUUCUAUGGCCGGGCUAAUGGAGGUCGACCGCAGCCGGACCCGGAGGGACAGGACCUUCGUCGGCAGUGAAUGUGCCGUCUGCGAGGAGCCGCUCGAGCAUACCCUGCGCGGGGAGCGUGUCCUCCAGUUCUCGUGCAGCCAUGUGUCCCACGAAGCAUGCUUCUACGAGUAUAUCCGGGAAUGCGAAUCGCAAUACUGCCCGACAUGCAAUGCUCCGUUAGGUUUGGACACGAGUCGAGGUGGAAAUGUCUUGGAUAUUGUUACUGACAGGAGGACCCACCAACCUACAGAGAAGAUCAGCAAUAUCGUGCGCUCGGUGACUAGUGACACGGCCACCACACGGAGUGGGCUGACGACGCCGACGCCGUGGGAACAACCAUCGAGCCGGCGCACGCCAAGCGAUGCCGGUAGCCGUUACAACCCGCAAUCCACCUAUAGCCGACGGGACAGCCGCGACACCACUAACCAGCGUGAGCGGGUGGAACGGUUGACUGUUGGCUCUGCGGUCUCUGACCCUCGCCAACGCCAACCGCACUCCCGAAAUGGCAGUGCGGCCGGCUCAUCGGGCGACUACCACGAUGGUCAACAUACAAGCAGCGGCGGGCGUCGCCACGAUUACGAUGUGCAGGCCAUGGAAUCGGACUUGAGUCCCCGCCCCGGUGUCACCAAGAACCCGAUCCCAGCGCCGAUUGUGAGCGUGCGAAGCGAGUUCCCCACUAUGAACCGAUCCCGCCAACAGCAAACCCUGACCUGCCUGAUUACCGUGGAGGUGCCCGAAGGCAAUUGGCGCCCAGACGCGGAUGACCUCAGACACACGCCUUCAGGCCAGUCGCAGCCUGAUGAGCCGUAUACGGGACGGUUCGGAGGCUCGCAGGAUGCUCGGUCUCUUCAGUACGAGCCGGUAGAGAACCUGGAUGAGAUCGCGGAGGAGUUGCGGAACCGGGUCGACAACUGGCACGGCCUUGAGUUUCAACGGUUUGGAAAGCUGCGAUUGCAUGGGCAAAUGCGCGUGGGCAAGGACCGAGAAUCUUGGCAAGAGUUGGAAUGCUACUUGUUUGCGGAGAUGCUCAUCUGCGUCAAGGAGAAGAAGGUCCCCGAGCAUCACCAAUACGAUGAAAAGCGCAAGCCGGCCCGCUGCACCCUGAAGGGCUCCAUCCUGAUCAAGAAGCAUUUGAAGUCCAUCGAUGCCGGAUCGCACGAGCCCGUUCUCUCUCUCAAUCUUUCCGUUAGCGAGCUGCCCUGCUUCUACCUGCGUUUCCAGAACCGCCAGCAGCUUGAGACAUGGCGCCGUGCCUUGGUGGACCUGCACCCCGUGGAGAAUCUGUCUCGGCAACGCGACUAUGAAUACGACAACUCAGGUGCUGAGGAGGAGGACUACCGGGCCAGCCGCAUUCAGCGACAAUCAUCCAUCAACUCGUCAUACGGCGCGGGCAAGUCGAACAACACCGCCAUCACCGAUUACACGAAUCCGGACGGCGAGAGGCAAGCCAUCGAUUCGUUCCACAUUCCACUCGAUCUCGUCGUGGUUAUUCCCGUAUCGUCAUCGAUGCAGGGCCUGAAAAUCACGCUUCUGCGCGAUGCCCUCAAGUUCCUGGUACAGAACCUGGGUCCUCGGGAUCGAAUGGGGUUGGUUACGUUUGGCUCGGGCGGUGGCGGCGUACCCAUGGUGGGCAUGACCACCAAGACGUGGAACGGGUGGAACAAGAUUUUGGAGUCAAUUCGUCCUGUCGGCCAGAAGAGCCUGCGUGCGGAUGUGGUGGAGGGCGCCAAUGUGGCCAUGGAUCUGCUGAUGCAGCGCAAGGUCAACAACCCCGUCUCGACUAUCCUCUUGAUCAGCGAUUCGUCUACUUCCGACCCUGAGAGUGUUGACUUCGUGGUGUCCCGCGCCGAGGCCGCCAAGGUCAGCAUCCACUCGUUUGGACUGGGACUGACUCACAAGCCGGAUACCAUGAUCGAGCUCUCCACUCGCACUAAGGGUUCUUAUCUCUACGUGAAGGAUUGGAUGAUGCUCCGCGAGUGUGUUGCUGGCUGCUUGGGUGCUAUCCAGACGACUUCCCACCAGAACGUCAAGUUGAAGCUUCGGCUGCCGGAGGGUUCGCCGGCCAAAUUUGUUAAGAUUAGCGGUGCGCUUCACACUACAAAGCGUGCGACUGGCCGUGACGCGGAAGCUGCGCUAGGAGACCUCCGAUUUGGUGACAAGCGGGAUGUUUUGGUGCAGCUGGUCAUUCAGCCGGAUAAUGCUACGCAAGAUAACAUGCCCCAGGACCCUUGGGAGAGCUUGGUUUCCGGGCUGGAAGCUCUUGGAGGAGGACUUGAUGGCGAUGAACAGCGGGUGUUGAGCGUCGAGGAGGUCCCGUUGAUACAGGCCGACCUGACGUACGGUGACCUUCUUCGCGAGGGCCAUCUAACCCACUCGCCUCGCCCAUCGCUGCUUGCCAUCACCAUGCUCCCCCCGAAUCCCAAGUCUCGGGGCCAACGACCUGCCACGCCGCCCAUCCCCCCCCAUCCAUCCAUCGUGCAGCGCCGCAUGGAGCUGCUUACAUCUGACAUGCUGACCCGGGCCCUCACCCUCGUGUCUCGCGGUCAACACGACCGCGGCCAGCACCUGCUUCACGAAACCCGCAGUAUCCUCAAGGGCCUGGGCAAGGGUGGGUUGCCUCCCUUGCCACCUGCCUCCCGAGGCUCGGGCACUAGCGAUUCAGGGAGCCGAGGCGACACGCCAAUUUCGAGCUCUCCCAAGUCCUCCACCUUUGGAGACAGUCACGCCUCCGCGGCAUCCGACGCCGCCACCAUCACGCCCGCAUCUGCAGUCGAUGCGCAGACCAUGAUCGCGCUCAACGCAGACCUCGACUCCGCCCUUGAGUGGAUCAACCACCCCGCCGUCUUCGGCCGCGACUCCCGCAAGGCAGUACUCCAGAGCAUCGGUGUGAUCUCCUCGCAGCGCGCCUAUACUUAUCGUACGCCCUCAGAAGCGCACUGGGCCCAGCGGAUCUCUGGCGUGCGCCGUCUGACAGAUCGAUCCAAGGACUGGCGUGAGAUGGGUGACGAUGCCUUGACCGAAGAAUAA